AUGUAUUUAUUAACAGAAACAACAACUCCAGAAAGCAACAUUGCCUGUGAUUUCGACGGAUUAUCGGCAGUACCGAACAGUCCCAAACCAAUUACAAUGACGGAUCAAGAUACACGGUAUCGUCUUGUUCUACUCGGUGCUAGUCGAACAGGAAAAUCGUCGAUAAUCAACAUGUUUUUGAACGGGAAGUUUUUGGAUACGUACAAAGAAACUGUCGAAGAUUUACACUAUCGAGAGUUCACAGUCGAUGAUAAAACUAUCAAAGUCGACAUUCUUGAUACAGCUGGUAAUAUGGAAUUUCCUGCCAUGCGCCGUUUAUCGAUAGCAACAUCACAUGCAUUCAUUCUUGUCUAUAGUGUUGAUAGCAUGUCAUCGUUCGAAGAAAUUCGUCAUAUAAUUCUACAGAUUAAAGAGCAACGCACAAACUAUGCUGAAAUUCCCAUUGUUGUUGUGGGAAACAAAACUGACCGAACAUCUGUACGCGAAGUCGAAGAACAACAUGUUCAGACAAUGCUCAGCGAGCUUGGCCCACUGCAUUGUCGUUUCACGGAGUGUACAGCAUUGGAUCGUGCGUCGACCAUCGAUAUUUUCCUCAAACUACUCAGUCUUGUUCAAUUAUCAGCAGCAAGACAACUAAGUCCUAUUCUUCGACGAAAAGUCAGUGAACGCUUGAAGAAGAAAGAAUUUGAAGACAAAAGUGACAAAAGUAUUAAUCGUAGUAGAAGUCUCAUACGACGAACAUCUAUGAAAAAGAAACCAACGUCAUCAGGAGGUGAUAAAAAUUCACCGGAAACACCUGAUUGUUUAGUUUCUUGA